GCUGUUAAUUUAUUUUGAUGUGUUUACAACUUGAAGUACUCUUGUAUAAAGCGUGUUUUUUUUUUGCUUUGGGUAAAAGAAUUAAAUUGCAAAAUUACAAAGGAUUUAUUAAAAAAAAAUAUUGCAGAUUAUGAAUGCCAGGAAAUAAUGAACUAAUAGUUAAUCCUACGUAACCUUCAUUAUUUUAGUUAUAAUGAUUGCUCUGGGUAAGACAACUUCUAUUGGAAGAACAAAUAGUUUACUGGAUUUUAGAUGGCAUUUCAGUUGUUUAGCCUACAACUGUGGUAAUGCUUAUGGGAAAAAUUCUGAAGUGUUAAUCAAGAACUGCUUAACUGCUUCAUGUAAUAAACCAAGGUUCAUUUCCCUAUUCACAAAUAAUAAGAACAAAUUUCUUAAUCCAAAGAGAACUAAAGCGAGGCUGUACUUUGCACAGAUAUGUGAAAAGCUAAAUGUAAAGAUGAUACCUAAAACACCAGUGUUGCAGAAACUACGACAAUGUUUUCACAUCAGUACUGGGUCUUUUUCAAAAACUAUUGCCCCAGUGAGUUCAGCUGUCAGCAAUGCAGACAUGCUAAAAGCGAUGAUGUCAUACAUUUGGCCCAAAGAUGACUCUAAGAUUCGCUCCAGAGUGUCUCUUGCUUUUGGCCUUUUGAUAGGUGGUAAGGUUUUGAGUGUUGCUGUACCUUUCACUUUUAAGUAUGCCGUCGAUCACUUGAACACACAGCUCCCCGUGUCAAGUACAGGUGACGCUUUCUUGAACAUGACAACCCCUUCUGAUACAGUGUUGACCGUAGCCGUCUCACUGCUGGUUGGAUAUGGUGUGGCACGUGCAGGAGCAGCGGGCUUCAAUGAAUUGAGGAAUGCUGUUUUUGCAAAGGUUGCUCAGCGUUCUAUUAGAAAACUAGCAAAAAAUGUUUUUGUACACUUGCACAAUUUGGAUUUAUCCUUCCAUCUGAGCAGACAUACAGGUGCUUUGUCAAAAACUAUUGACAGAGGCAGCAGAGGAAUUAAUUUUGUUUUGUCAGCAAUGGUGUUCAAUGUUGUGCCAACUGUGUUUGAAUUAGCUCUUGUAAGUAGUAUAUUGGGUCUGAAGUGUGGAGCUGCUUUUGCAGGAAUAUCGGUAGGUUGUGUUGCAGUUUAUGCAGCAUUCACACUAGCCAUCACUCAGUGGAGGACAAAGUUCAGGGUGUACAUGAACAACGCAGAAAAUGAAGCCAGCAACAAAGCAAUUGAUUCUCUCAUCAACUAUGAAACUGUAAAGUAUUUCAACAAUGAGAAGUACGAAGCGGAUCGUUACGAUGAAGUCUUAAAGAAGUACGAAGAAGCUUCGCUAAAGACAAGUACAAGUUUAGCAUUCUUGAAUUUUGGUCAAAAUGCUAUUUUCAGUUCAGCUUUAAGCCUAAUCAUGGUAUUGGCAGCCAAAGAAAUUGUCCAAGGUAACAUGACAGUUGGUGAUUUGGUCAUGGUGAACGGUUUACUGUUUCAGCUGUCUGUUCCUCUUGGUUUCCUUGGUUCGGUGUACAGAGAAGUGCGGCAGGCACUUAUUGACAUGCAGACCAUGUUCGCUCUGAUGGCCCACGACACAGCAAUCAAAAAUAAAAUAGCCGCUGAAACACUUUCAGUGACACCCCAGGCUGCAGACAUCGUAUUCAACAAUGUAAAGUUCCAAUACGAAAUUGGGAAACCUAUCUUUAAUGGAAUUUCUUUCACAAUACCCACGGGUAAGAAAGUUGCUGUCGUGGGUGGGUCAGGUUCAGGCAAAUCAACGAUGAUUCGAUUGCUGUAUCGUUUCUUUGAGCCUCACGCUGGUGAAAUAUUGAUUAAUGGACAAAACAUAAAUGACGUCAGUCUGGAAAGUUUACGAAGUGCAAUCGCAGUCGUACCUCAAGACUCGGUCUUGUUUCACGACACCAUUUUUUACAAUUUGCAGUACGGCAACAUGGCAAAGAGCAAGGAAGAAGUCAUGGACGCCGCGAGGAUGGCCGAUCUGCACGACACCAUCAUGCGCUGGCCGCACGGCUACGAGACGGAGGUUGGCGAGCGGGGCCUCAAGCUGUCCGGGGGAGAGAAGCAACGCGUCGCCAUAGCCCGUGCCAUCCUCAAGGGUUCUCCCAUCCUGGUGUUCGACGAGGCGACUUCUUCUCUGGAUUCCAUCACGGAGCACAACAUCCUGGAAGCCCUGAAGAGGGCGACGGAAGGCCGCACCUCCAUUUGCAUCGCUCACAGGUUGUCGACGGUGAAGGAUGCGGAUGAGAUCCUGGUGCUGAGCAACGGGACCGUGGCGGAGCGAGGCAGCCACGCGCAGCUGUCGGCCAAUCCCGGGAGCCUCUACAUGAAGAUGUGGGACAUGCAGCAGUGGGACCCCACGACGGUGAAAGCCGGCUGAGUCUCUGUCCAAGUAGUGCAAUCCUUCCCUGUUGUUUGAUACAGCAUUGAUGGUUAUUCAGAUGGGUGGCUUCCAUGAACAGUCGUUAAACAUAUCUAGCCUUUUGGGUUAUGGCCAUGAUGGUUGCAAAUUAUCUCAUCAUGCUUAUGCUUGGUUGGUUGCAGCCAAUUCAGUUCUCUGUUUAUGGCUUCAAAAGAAGCAUGUUUAAAUGCAAUGAAAUGAUAGCUAAACUUAGAAGCCUAAAUGGUAUGUUUGAUGAUUAUUCAAAUGAAUGGCAAACCUAUUUGAUAAUUGAUGAGUGUGGUUUUUAAUGUAAAGAUUGAGUACUUUAGCACAUACAUGUAAUUCAGAUAUAAUAAAAGUAAGCAAAAUUUAUUUUUGCAAAGCCAGAAAUUUAAAUUCGGCUGACAAUUGUCACACAAUUCAGUGCUAUCUUGUUGGGCUAUUUUCAUUUUUCAUUUCAUUUUCAUUUCAUUUCAUUUCAUUUCAUUUAUUAGCGUCCUAUAUUUGACAGUACAUAUGUCCAGGUUUUGUCAGUAACAUUAUAAAUAAAAUACAACAUUAUAAUACACUAACAAAACAAUAUAUAAAAAAAAAACAUUAUAACACAAUAAUAUAUGUUACAAUAAAAAAUGAUAAUAAAAAACAAUGCAGCAAUUUAUGUAGAUGCACUGAGGAAUUCAUUAACAGAGUAUGGAGCUAUUCGUAGUAGGUAAUCUUUGAGAUGUCGUUUAAAUAUGGUAUGUGAUUGGGAUGCUGUAUUUAACAGGGAUAUCGGUAGAACAUUUAUUAGUUUAAGGCCCAUGUAAAAAGGGUUCAAUUCGUAUUUUUUUGUUGAAUGAAAAGGAAUAUGAUUCUUAUAAAUGGAUCUGGUAAAGUGAUUAUGUAUUUCAUUAUUCUUUACAUACUUAAUAUUUUGAAUUACAUAAAUGACAACCGAAUAUAUAUAAAUGGCUGGAAAUGUUAAGAGUUUGUUAUUCAGGAAAAUAGGCCUACAAGAAUCUGUCUUACUAAGAUUAUAAAUAAUUCUAAUAACCCGUUUUUGAAGCUUAAAUAUCUUUAGCCAAUUUAAGGAAUUUCCCCAAAAAAUAACACCAUAUCUCAUUAUUGAAUAUAUGUUUUCAUAAUACAUAGCCAUUACUGCUUUAUGUGAAGUUACAGUAUUAAUAGUUUUUAUGGCAAAACAAAGAGAACUAAGUCUACGACACAGAAAAGAUAUAUGAUUAGUCCAAUUUAGAUUCUCAUCAAGAUUCAGUCCCAGUAAUUUUGCUGUUUUUACAGUAUUAAGAAUAUUAUUGCCAAUAGUCACUUCAAUAUUAUUUAAUCUAUUUAUUUGAGAGUUAAAAUAUAUAAUAGAAGAUUUUUGAAUAUUUAGAAUCAGUCUAUUAUCAGUAAACCAAGUUUGCAUUUGGUUGAGGGUUAUGGAAAUUUUUUUUUGUAGUUCCUGUAAAGUCUGGCCUGUUACUAUAAUGGAGGUAUCAUCUGCAAACAUGAUAGUCUGGCCAUAAUCUAGAAACAAAGUUAAAUCAUUAAUAAAAAGCAAAAACAAAAGUGGACCGAGAAUUGAACCUUGGGGAACACCAAUACCAAUUUUCAAAAUUUUUGACCUAGAAGUAGUGGUAAUAUUAUUAUAAGUCACAUUAAUACUAGUAAUUUGUGAACGAUUUGAUAAGUAAGAUUUUAUAAUAUUGUUUGCAACACCUCUUAUACCAUAUUUACUUAAUUUUUCUAAUAAAAUAUCAUGGCUUACACAAUCAAAUGCUUUGGUUAAAUCUACAAGUAUGCAAGCUGUCAAGACUUUAUUAUCUAAAUGAGAAUAAAUACUAGGGUCAAUCCAUAUGAAGUAUUCCAAAAAAAAAUUUAUUGGAAGCUUCAUCAAUUUUAAAAAAAUUGAUAUUUUGAGCCUUGUUAACAUUAUGUAUUGACAAUUUAAAACUGACACAGUUAAUUUUUUAUUCUCAUUAGUUUGAUUAUGGCAGCCAUUUUUUUGUCAUGGGGCGCGACAAUUUUUACAUUUACAAGGGUUCAGCUACAUUGCUAUAUCUUGGCUCUGGUAGGCCAUAUCGUGAUGAAACAAAAUCUGAGGGGUUAAGCACAUUUUAAGCUACAAUUCUGAUGACAAACCAUUUUUUUAAAAUCAAUCAAUCUUGCCAACUUUAAAGGUUGAACUUGUGCCUUAGAAUUGCAAAAAUUUGCAUUUUCAUAAAUUUUUUUAAGAGUGAAGGCAGUAUCUGUUGGGCUUCAAAAUAUUUAUGGAUGUGCUUAUGUAAUAGUAGAGUAAAUACAAAUUAUUUGGAGUGUGAGACUUCAAUACUUUUUUUUUUUACAAUUUUGUAAAAACCAGUUUUUUUCAGAUUUUUGCUUACUUUACGGCUUAAUAUCUCUGGUGGGCAGUUAUCUAAAGAUCUUAAAUUUACACACAAUUAAGUACUCCAUGGUACAUAACUCCUGCAAAAAUUUAGACUUUGAGAUUCAACUGGUUCGGAAGUUACAGCCUUGCCAAACUCGUAAUUUUUUUUAUUUAUUUGCAUAAAUAAAAGCAACCCUAGUAAUUUUAUAUACGUUCUUAAUUAUUUUAUAUAUAUGCUGUAAGUGCUGUACUAAGUCAUAAAAAGUAUUACACUAAAGUUUGUUGCCAAAACACAUGUAUACUAUGCACAAAAAUAUUAAUUAUAACAGUCAUUCUAUAUCACAUUUUUAAACAGACAAAUGAUUUACGAUUUUAAUUUGUACCUUAUUUCUUAUGUUUGUUAAACAGCAUUGAAAUUUCUUCAGAUAAUGAUGCUGAAAUGUUGUGUGAACGUCCAGUUGCUGUGGAUAGUUCUGAUGGACUGAGCUUCCUCAACACAUUCUUAAGCGGCACCCACACUCUGUCUGCACAUGACAUCUUAAAUGAUGUUCUAGGUCCAGCUGGGUUGUAAAAUUUUACGUAAAUAUCAUUGUUCACAAAAUUAACUUCUUCAAUGACUCCUAGCCACCACUGUUCGUCAUACACACAGGCGAUAAUGUCAUUGUUCCGAAGAUUCAUGGGGAUGGACUUGGUUGAAACUGGAAGAUCCUCAUACUCUUCUGAUUUGGACGUUGCAUAGCAUCUCAUUAUAAUCUCGGUGAGAGGAACAAAGCGGUGAAAUUUUCGUGUUCCAGGGAGCCGUUGGCAGUUGUCGAACCUAGGUUUCAACUCUUCUUGUCGAGCGGUAAUUUCCUCUUCUUUAACAUAUAUAUAUUUGAUACCUUUAAUAGUCUGUGUACAGUACAUAUACAUAUCUUCAGGGGAAAGAAUGUGAUCCUUAACUGUUCUUUGAAGACUUGCCUUUGUUACUUCCCUUUUUGUUGUUCCUCCAACACCAUCACAUGCAUUUUUUCCAUGUGAUGUUGCGAAGAAAUUCCACUCAGCACUAAGACCGAAAUCAUUCUUGUGGUGACAGACAUUAAUUAAAUUUUUCUUAUUUUUGUACUGACUUGAUGAUCCAUCUGAGAAGUAAAUUAUAUGUUGAACCGAAGGAACAGUGUCUUUUAAGUGUUUCAUAAGAUGAGAUUGAAAUGUAUGCACUGUUGUUGUGUUAUGGUCCAAAUGAUCACUGAUUACACAAACACAUUGGGUUAGAAGUUUAUCGUUUUCUUUGUAAUAAUACACAAAAGGAUGAACAGUUGCUUGGCGAUUUACCCAGUGGUAGCUCUGAAUCUCGUCUUGGAUAACAAAUGUAAAGUUUUCUGCGAAGUCUGCAAGAACAAUGCACUCUGUUUCGUUAAGUUUCUCCUUCUUCUCUCUCAAAUGCUGACUUUGAAUCUUUGAUAUAAAAUGAUGAGUUUUAAGUGAAUCAAGUUUUUCAAUAAGGGACAGAAAGAAUUCUUCUUUUGGCUGAAUAACAGUUAUCAUUUCAGCUCUAUCUGUUGUGGUCCAUUGUUGAAAAAUUAUGUUGUCUGGGAUGGCAUCACUUUCUUCAAAUUCAUCAAACAGAGAUACUAGGGCUUCACUUCAUGGACAUUUAACACAUUUGCCCAUCAUACACUCGUAACUACUCAUAUCACAAACGAGUAUAGCAAGUAGGUCUUUGUAAUCUUUCAUAAGCUUUGCACCGUCAACCAUUAGCUUAACAUUCUGAUGAUAAGUACAAACACAAACUUUGUGUGUUCCCGAUGAUCCGGCUGUGACACACCACUUAGGUCUGAGUUCAAUGAAUUUUGAUCUUCCAAUUCUACAGUCUGGAUGUUUAGAUUUAAAUUCCACAAACAAUUCAUUCAAAUUGCAAAGCACCAGCCUCUUCUGCUUUUGACAUUUCAUGUUAUUUAUUUUUACAGAUAAACAGUCUUUUUUUCCGGGACAAAGACGACUGUAUUCAUCACUUUCAUAGAAUUCACGGACUGUAGUAACCACCUCUGAUUGAAUGCCAAAACCCUUUUUCUUUCCCAACUCUGGUAGAAUGCCCUGAUCUUUCACUAGGUCUCUUGUCAGUUUUAACAAACGAUCAGAUACAUUGAACUCUUGAAUUAUUCUUAGUCGACUCCAUGAAUUUGGAAGUAAACUAAUUAUUUUCACUUUCAUUUCUUUUCCUGCAACAGCACAUUUAUCCUUCAGUUUCUUGAUUAAUUCGUCAAACUCUUCUACAGACUCUUCACUUGCUUCUCUGUUUUCCAUCACUUCAUCAAAAGAUUCCUCAAGAUUUCUUUUCAAAACAUUUGAAACUUUACUGAUCUUGUCAGCUAUUGCUUGUGGUCUUUUAUCUAAACCCAAUUUCCUUAUUUUAGAUGCUGGCGAAACCCCUAAUUGAGUACAUACAUUGUCUACUUUUCCCAACUUUUCAAUCUCUGUAAUAAAGUCUGAAUCACAUGUGUCCCCUGUUCCAUCAUUUGCUGUCACAAAUAUUGUUUGUAGCAUGUAGGACACAAGGACUUACCAGGGACAAGCAGUAAAUUGUAGUUUGUUUUUUUAUACAUGUGUUCAGGAAGUAUUUCCCUAAGUCCUUUUGUGAUUGCCUUUUUAUGUAUUUGUAAAGGAUCACUGCAAUACCGGCCAAAUAUAUGGUGAUAUUUAAUAAGAUACUUAAUCUCAUGGUACUUACAUACAGACUUAACAUCACUAGAAACUCUGGUAAAUAUUAGCUGUUGCUGUUCUAAACUAAACACACAGAUUUUCUUCAAUUCCUGUUGCACUGAACCAUAAACACAUUUGUGGCAUUGUUCAUUUGUUAAAUGUCCUAUUGAACACUCUUUCUCCAUACCGAAAAACAAAAAACCUUCAUGGAAACACAAACCACCUUUCCUAUACCAGAGCUGCUGGCAGACUAACAGGAUGGAACAAAUACCAGACCAUACUAGAGCAAGUCCGUGCCUGUUAAGACCUGCACACUCCAAACAGUGGUAAACAUCUCAGGCAUAUUUUUUUAAUGUUCUUAGUCGGAGAACUCUUUUCAAUUGCAUAGUAAAUGCCAAUUUUAGGGUAUUAAGAUUUUUAAAAAUAUAAUUAGAAUUUAUUAUAGUUUCAUUGUUGCAAAAAAAAAUGCAAUUUUACACAAGUUUGGCAAGGCUGUAACUACCGAACCAGUUGAAUCUCAAAGUCUAAAUUUUUGCAGGAGUUAUGUACCAUGGAGUACUUAAUUGUGUGUAAAUUUAAGAUUUUUAGAUAACUGCCCACCAGAGAUAUUAAGCCGUAAAGUAAGCAAAAAUCUGAAAAAAACUGGUUUUUACAAAAUUGUAAAAAAAAAAAGUAUUAAAGUCUCACACUCCAAAUAAUUUGUAUUUACUCUACUAUUACAUAAGCACAUCCAUAAAUAUUUUGAAGCCCAACAGAUACUGCCUUCACUCUUAAAAAAAUUUAUGAAAAUGCAAAUUUUUGCAAUUCUAAGGCACAAGUUCAACCUUUAAAGUUGGCAAGAUUGAGUGAUGUUAAAAAAAUGGUUUGUCAUCAGAAUUGUAGCUUAAAAUGUGCUUAACCCCUCAGAUUUUGUUUCAUCAUGAUAUGGCCUACCAGAGCCAAGAUAUAGCAAUGUAGCUGAACCCUUGUAAAUGUAAAAAUUGUCGCGCCCCAUGACAAAAAAAUGGCUGCCAUAAUCAAACUAGUGAGAAUAAAAAUUUAACUGUGUCAGUUUUAAACUGUCAAUACAUAAUGUUAACAAGGCUCAAAUUAUGAAUUUUUUUAAAAAUAGUCGAGCAACCAGAGCUGGACCACUUGAUAUGGACUGACCCACUAUUGAGUAGAGUGAACAAUGCUUGUUCCGUUGACUUGCCUUUAACAAAACCAUACUGAUUACUGGUAAUUAUAUUAUAACAAUUUAAGAAUGAAAGCAACCGUUUUAAUAUAAUCUUUUCAAGAAUUUUUGAAAAAUUUGGUAAUAAAGCAAUUGGUCUAUAAUUAUUAAUGCAGGUAGUAUCACCCUUUUUAUGUAGUGGAAUAAUUUUCGCUAUUUUGAGCCUAUCAGGAAAUAUGCCAUUUUCUAAACAUUUAUAAAUAUAUAGACAAGGGGCUUUUUAAUGUGUUCUGCACAUUUUUUUAUUACAGAAAUAGGAACAUCAUCAAGACCAACAGAAUUUUUAUUUUUCAUACCUCUUAUUAUUUGAGUAAUUUCAUUUUCAUCUACUGGUGUUAGGUACAUUGAAUGCAAAUGCAAAUGAAUAUAAAGUAUUCUAGGUGAUAUUCCUGUAUUUAUAAUGGUUGAAUUGUUUUUUAUUAAAGAGGAUGCAAUUUCCGUAAAAUAUGCAUUAAACUUAUUAGCGAUUUGGAAACUGUCAGUGAUUGUAUUAUUAUCAUCAUCAAUUAAAGAAAUGUUAUGUUUAUUAUUGAAACAUUUCAUAUCAUUAUUAAUUAUUUGCCACAUUGUUUUACUUUUAUUGGUGGAAGAUAACAGUUUACAUUCAAUAUAAAAUUUUUUAGCAUCUAUAACAGAUUUAUUAAAUUGUUUUUUAAAUUUUUUAUAAUCAUCUCGAAUGUAUGAAUUUUUGUUGCGGAGAAGCUUCUCCUUAUAAUGAUUUAAAAUUUCAAAUCCAGAGGCAAGAUCACUAUUAAUCCAAGGAGAGGACUUAUUGUUAAUGCUUAUCCAUAAAUAGGGAAAGUAUUGAUUAAAAUAAAGUAAAAAUGUAUUUAUAAACAAGUUAUAUGCCUUAUUGGGAUUGCAAGUGUUAUAGAUUUCUUCCCACAAUACAAGUGCAAUCUCAUUACAAAAAAUAUCUAUUGUAUCAAGUUUAAACAAUCUUUUCAGUAAAUGAGUAGUGGAAUUAUCAUUAGAUCUAAGUUCAGUGUCACUUAAUUUUAAUAUUAUAUGUUGAGCCAAAUCAUCAGAAAUAGCAGUAUCAAUAGUUUCUGCAAACAAAGUACUAGGGCUACUUCUAAUAUUAGUAAGAAUAUUAUCGAUACAUGUAUUAAUUGUAUUGCCAAUUCUUGUAGGGGUAAGUAUCGUUCUAUGUAUACCAUAUUGCCUAAGUAGACAAAAAAAAUUAUUGUUUGUGUUAUUUUCCUCAUUAAAAUUUAUAUUGAAAUCACCACAUAUUAUCACAUAUUUUUGUAUCCUUAGAACUUUUUUUAAAAUUAAGUCAAAAUAAUUUAAAAACAAUUCAAAAUGACAAAAUCCAGGGGGUCUGUAUAUACCAACAAUACAGCUAUGUAUUGAGUUUAUAGAUAUACAACAGCAUUCAAUUAUUUUAUCAAAGCAGUAUUCAGAUAUAUCAAUGAUCUUGUUCACAAUAUUUUUUAGAGUAUAAAUACAAACACCCCCACCUUUACUAAUAGUUCUGUAAUAACAAGAAGCUAAGUUAUAACCAUAAAAAAGACAAUAGUCAAGUUCAUUAUGUUCAAGCCAGUGCUCGGAAAAACAAACAAUAUCAAAUUUAUAAAGACAUAGCAAAUGUUCUAAAUUAUGUUUUUUAUUAAAUAUACUACAUACAUUUUGAUGAAAUAUUGAUAAUUCUUGUAGAUGCGAUUUCAUAGGUUUUAACAUAGAUUUUAACAUAGGUUUAAACAUAGGUUUUAAAAUAGGUUUUAACAUAGUUGGCCCCUUCAUAUCCAUACAUUGCAAGGGGCCCUCUAAAAGUUUUCCUGACUUGGGAACUGAUGCCAACCCAAGGCAAGUGGUUUAAGAUUUACAAAGCAUUGAGCACUAUUUUGUUCAUGCAUUAUAAUUUUUCUAAUCUCAUUAGCAAGGCGAUCUUUGCCUCUACUAUUUAAAUGGAGGCCAUGAUGAGUAUGAUUUUCCCGAGUCAGGUUAUUUACGUCAAUUACUGUAACAUUCUUAAAGGAACUACAAAGUUUGCUAAUAUUUUGGUUCACCUUUUUUGUUUCCACAUUUACACAAGAGUCAUCAAUAAGAUCGUAUCUAUGUGGUAGGUUUACAACAAUAACAUUGACAUGUCCUAAUUUAAAUAAAUUUCUUUUUAACGUGGUAAUUACUUCAUUACCUUAAUUUUUUGCAACAUCAUUUGCACCACCUAAUAUUAUGACAGUAUCCUUAUUAGUGAGCUUCUCACAGUUUUGUAUGAGCCCUUCUGUUACAAUAUGCAGAGGAGCAUUUGGUUUAACAAUACCGUUUACAGUACAAUCACUAACAUUAUUUAGAAUUUUUCCUGCUACAUCACGUCCAUGGCUGUCAGCAAACAACAACACUUUUUUACUUCUUACCUUAGUAUUCAUACAGUUGUCUAAGGAUGGUACUUUUACAUACAUUUUCUUUUGUAAUGGUGGAAAAGCUUCUACAUUAUUUAAUAAACUAUACCUGUUGUUGAUGGUCUUAUUUUGAUAUGUUUUUUGCAUCACAAAAUCUUUAAUCCUUACUGUUCUCUUGGGUAAACAAAACUAAUGUAUGAAUAAUCAUUAACCUGGGGAUGUGUGGUUAAUGUGCAAGUUAGACAUGUUUUUGGCAAUUAAAUUCAUACCAGUGUUAUAGUUGUAAAAUAUAAUCAUGCUUUAUAAAACUGUACUUGGGGAUAUUUGUCAUUUUUAAUUAACUACAUAAGAUUCAUGAGCCAGAUCACAUGUUUCUUAUCAGGACUGACGAGAAGAAAAUAAGGGCCCGGGGCAAAUAAUUUUGUCGGGCCGCUUCGAUUACUUAAUAUACAACAUAACUGUAAUUACGUAACUUGUAAGUAUCAGGAUAAAUUUGAGAAGCAUAAAAUCUUGUAACCCACUUGGUGCCUAGGCCCUGGGAAUGUUGCCCCCUCCCCCCUUUUUCCUCCCCCCGUAUCAUGCUUCUUAUCAACAUACAUAUUGAAAAUUUGAACGUAACAUUAAAUGAAAAUGGAAUGAAAAUAUUUAAUUUUUAACUAAAUAUUUGGUUUUUAGUUUCGAAUGGCCUUUGUAGAUGUCCAUGUAUGUUUGUAUGAUACAAUUCAUUUAUUGAAUAUGUACUCUUAAUUAGCACUGUUAUACUUAACCUAUACAAGGCCUUGUUCACGUGGGCUGUAUCUUUUGCCUCUUCUGCUCCGAAAACUUGUGAUCGUGCAGAGUACGAAGGGUGUAAAUAUUCACGCCAAAUUAUUGUCAUUUAGAAUCAGUUAUACAAUUUUUUCUGAAAAAUUACAACUAAAAUAUUUUAAGUGUAUUUUAUAUUUUUAAAUUAUGUAUACUAAAUAAAAAUUUACAAAUCUAUGUAAAAAAAGUUAGCUUAGUUUUUCCAUUAAAAUUUGUCAGUGUUAUUUUUUACUUAAAUCUUAUUAUCAGAGAGUACUACUAAUAAGAGUGCCAAGUUAAUUUGGUAGCAGAAGAAAAAUAAGCUAGAGUCCCAUGAACAAAGCCCAUAUUUCAGCAGUUUAAUUUGAAAAAAUUAAUGAUAUAAUUAGUGAUCAUACUUGUUCCUGCUUGUGCAGUUCACCCAUUUUGUACAUGUGUGUAUUGUGUAAGUUGAAUCUUACAUUCGCAUUACUGUUAACUUUGUUAAUAGUGCCUGUGUUAUCUGUAUUUUAGGUUGAUGUAAAAAAAAAAAACACAUUUGUAGCCAGUUACCAUUAAUUUUAGGAGAAAAAAAUUGUAGAAAAAUCACCUUUUCACCAUUAUUGCAUUUAUUUAAAGCAGAUUGUAUUGGGCAUUUCCUGCUUAGUUCUUUAGCUUGUUCCAUUUUCAAAGUUAUGAUUUCUAAGGCCUGAGAUAAAGCGAUAUCCUUACGAUAUGUACUAAAAGUCUAUAAAAAGUAUAUUUCAGGAACUUUGAUAGCUGGCAAAUGAACAUAGUUACAAGGGGAGACCCAAAAAAUUUGAAUUCUUGUCAUAAAAAUUUUAUUUAUUACCUUUUUUUUUUUACAAACUCCUUCAGUCACCUUCAAAAUACUCUCCAUUAGAUGCAAUGCACUUGUGAAGACUCUUCCCACUGUUUGGAGCACCUAUGGAACUCUUCAACAUUGAUAUCCUCCAGUGCCUUUUGUGAAACUGUUUUUACCGCCUCCACAUGAUCAAAUGUUUCCCUUUUAGAUUUUUCUUCAUUCUCGGGAACAGGAAAAAGUCGCACAUGGCUAGGUCUGGCAAAUAUGGAGGGUGGGGAACAAUAGACGACCCCAAGAGGCCAAAUAGUGGUUCACUCGUAAGGCUGUGUGUGCGGGGGUGUUGUCAUGUUGAAGGAACCAGUCAACUGAUCACAAAAGUUCCGCGCAUUUCCUCUGCACAUCCUCUCGCAAACGCCUUAAAAACUUCUAAAUAAAAGUGCUGGUUAACAGUCUGGCCAGGGGGAACAAAUUCCCAGUGCACAAUUACACGAACAUCAAAAAAGACAAUGGUCAUAGUCUAACAUUUGUCCUCACUUGUUUUGCUUUUUUUAGUUUGGGGGUGUUGGGAGUCUUUCACUGGCUUGAUGCAUGCUUGUUUUCUGGGUCAUGCCCGUAACACCAACUCUCAUCAUCUGUAAUGACUUUGGUCAAAAAGUUUGGAUCACUUUCGAUCUCUUUUUUUUAAGUGUUGGCUCAAAUUCAAUCAAAUGUUUUUUUGAUCCUGUUUGAGAAGGCAAGCAACAAAUUCAGCGGCAACAUGUCUCAUUUGCAAAUCCCCUGUCAAAAUCCACUGACACGAGCUCCAAUUCACUCCUGUCGCUUCUGAAAUUUCAUUGAUUGUGAAACGACGAUCAUGGAUUUUUUGGUGGAUUUUUUCAACGUUUUCAUCGUUUCGAGAUGUUGAAGGGUGCCCAGAAGGAGCAUGGCCUUCAACACUUAUCUCACCACGUUUGGAGAGCCCAAACCACUCAAAAACUUGGGUGGGGCUGAUAGCACCCUCCUUGAAAACCUAUUGAAGCAUUUGGUAAGCUUCCAUUGCAGAUUUUUCAAGCAGGAAACAAAAUUUCAACCACAUGCUUUGUUCUUUUAAAUCUACCAUAAUGACUUCGUAGGCAGAACACGAGAACAAAGAAAAAACAAUAAUACGAUUAAACAUUAACCUACAAACUGACAGUCGAGUCGCAGUCGAGGCAGCUGUUUAAUGAAGGUAUCUACUAAUCCCAUCUAGCGCGAGAACUCUCUACCACGUCUACGAAUGGCAGCACACACUGUUACUUUUUUUUUUGGGUCUUCCCCUUCGUAGAUGUUAGAACACCAGAACUUUUUGUUUUCAUCUGAGAUACACCAAGUUUUCUCCGUGUCUCUUAAGAGCUUGCAUCUGGGAUGUUGGAGAGAAACAUAUCACCAAGGGGCAUCAUUAGCCACUGAAAAUUCAGUCGUACAGUCUCGUUGUCACUGUCUGUAAUUAACAGAUGAUAAAUGAACAGCACUUUGUUGAGGCAGGUGUAUGAACAUAGGACAUUCCGUGGAUUCAUUGCUUAUGAAAAUGUGCUCCUGCUUUAUUUCCACUAAUGAAGGCUAUAAAAGAGUGAAGGUGUUUGGACCUCAUUAAUCUACCCUCCCUUCAAAGACAUAAGUCGUAAAUCACAUCACAUUACCCAGGUAGCCAACUGACACCACCCUACAAUGUGCCAGAUAGGUACAAGGGGUUUCCACAUUCAUGUGAUUACGCAGUGGCAUCUUCACGCAGAGCCACGUUUCUUGUUGAUAACUACAUUGUGUCCACAAGGCCCCAACCUACCUGGGAACACAUACUGUGUGCAGAGCUUCAGGAAAAACAACGCGAUUUGAAAACUACUUAAGAUAUUUGAGUGGGGUCUGUUUGCAAAAAGCAUUAAGAAUUCGCUGAGGGCCGAAAAGUAGUUUUGAUUCCGGAUUAAGUUUUUAAACUGUAUUUUUAGGUGAUUUAAAAUGGCUAUAAGGCAUGUUUUCAGAGUAAUUUAUAGGCAUGAAGAAUCUGGUACCGAUUCUUGCAUUACACAUUUAUUUCCAUUUCUCUGCCAUAUAAUGUUAUGGUUAUCGCUGAAAUCUCAUAGUUGCCCUAUGCGCUCAGAGGCUAUACCAUGCUACGAGCACCAGCAAGCAUCACAAUUGUCAUUCCGUGUCACUAACACACAUACAGCCCUGAAUAGGUGGAGCCCCUUAAUACAAAAUUUAAGAUUUUUGCUUUAAAACUGUGUUUUUAGUACACCUACAACCCACAAUUUUGCCAAGAUUUUUAAACACUGGAACAUUAUCUUAAGAUUUUUAUAGUUCAAUUUUUUUUUUUUUUUUUUUUAAAUUGGAAACAAUCUUUAUAUGUAAAGUAGCCUCGACGUGAUCUUCUGCUUGUUGGCAGACUGGUUCGCAGAGUUCACUUGAGAGAGAGUGUAAUAGUUACUUUGGCAUCUCUUGCUGUUUCGACAUCACCGAUCACAAAGUUGAAACCCCUGCGACCACACACUAACUGUGGACUAGGCUUGUCAGCUUGUUUCUUUCCGACAUCACGUCCAUUACACCACACGAGAAGGCUACCUCAGAAAAUUUUGACAGUCAUUCUUCAAAAAGGGAGCAUUUUUGCAUUGGUAUUUUUAUCAAGCAGUUUACUUCAAGAGAAUGCUGACGACUCCAUCAAAGCACCUGUAUUCCAUAAGAAAGAUUUAUUUUAAAGUUAAUACCCGUGAACAUGUGUGUAAAUAAAUCCUUAACUUUUAUAUAAUAGUAAUUACAAACAGAUUCACCCCAAAUAUAGCAAUGUUUGUUAGGUUUUAUGUAGUUUUUUUAAGGGCUGAAUUUUUUUCUCAAGUCAAUAUUUAGCAUUGAAACCACAUUUUAUUUUACAUUUAACUGAUAAGCUCUAUGUAGAAAAUAAUACCUUAUGAAACAAUUUUAUUUAAUGUACCUAAUUGUAAUGCAAGUAAUUUUCUCUUAGCUUUUACAGGUUUCUGUACAAGGAAUGAAUUGCCAUGAUUUGUUGUGGUCAAUUUAGCUGUGGUAACUGAUUGUUGGUUAUAAAAACAUUGUGUAGAUGAGCAAUGCUCAAGAGUGAAUAACUGCAAACAAUAAAUCGUGGAGGAUAGAAAAUUAUAUUUUUGUGUAUAAUGAGCUACAUGCUGCCAAGAGAAUUUUAAGGAAGUGUAAAAAUAAAUGUACCAUGUUUGUUAAAAUGAAAUGUAAAUUAAGGUUUUAGCCUGUAUGUACAUAAUUGUACAUAUUGAGUGAAACGAAAUGUAAAUAAAAACAGAUUUAUUUUGUCGGUUAAA